AUGACAAUUGCUGCAUUUCGUUUUUCACGUUUUAUAAAUGUUGUUAGACAUUUGAGUGGAGCAAUUGCAAGCAAGCCUCGCGCUGAACACAAUCAUUUGCCUCCGCCACCAAUCACGCAAUUAAGCGAAGCGGAACUUGUUCUUAAGAAGACUGUGAAAAAAUUCGGUGAUGAUGUGAUAAAGCCGCUCGUGGCGAAGAUGGACGCAGAUUCGUCAAUGGAUCAAAAAGUCAUUGAUGGUUUAUUUCAUAAUGGUUUUAUGGGUAUCGAGGUGCCACAUGAUUAUGACGGACCCGGUGCAACUUUUUUUGACGCUAUUCUCAUUGUAGAGGAACUGGCGAAGGUUGAUCCUUCUGUAUCUGUUCUUUGCGAUGUUCACAACACUCUUGUUGUACCACUAAUUUUACAAUAUGGAACUGAUAGACAAAAAUCGAAAUAUCUACCGAGGGUACAUAAAGAUUGGAUUGGUUCAUUUUGCCUUUCGGAACCAAAUUCUGGUUCUGAUGCAUUCGCCAUGAAAUCGGUUGCUGUUCGUGAUGGUGAUGAUUACGUUAUUACGGGUAAUAAAAGUUGGAUUACAAAUUCUCAAGAAGCCAGUUUUUUUCUAGUAUUUGCGAAUGCAGAUAUUGCUAAAGGAUAUAAGGGCAUCACAGCUUUUCUUGUUGAUCGAAACGAAAAAGGUGUUGAAGUUGGGCGCAAAGAAGAUAAAUUGGGAAUUCGUGCAAGUAGUACAUGCCCAAUACAUUUUGACAGCGUUCGAGUUCAUAAGGACAUGGUACUCGGUGAAGUUGGAAAAGAAAAUAUUUUAAACAAACAACUUGAAGGAUAUAAAAUGGCUAUAGAAUGCCUUAAUGAAGGACGAAUUGGUAUUGGUGCUCAAAUGAUUGGCCUUUCUCAAGGCUGUUUCGACGCCACAAUACCAUAUCUUCAAGAACGAAAACAAUUCGGCAAGCGGAUCAUAGACUUUCAGGGAAUCCAACAUCAGAUUUCGGAAAUAGCGACUCAGAUUGAAGCAGGUCGAUUAUUGGUUUAUAAUGCAACUCGAAUGAAAGAACAAGGAAUUGAUUUCAUCAAGGAAGCAGCAAUGGCAAAGUGGUAUAGUUCUGUGGUAGCAGCAAAUACAACAGCCAAAUGCAUUGAAUGGAUGGGAGGUGUUGGUUUUACGAAGCAAUUACCUGUUGAAAAAUUCUAUCGAGAUUGCAAAAUCGGUGCAAUUUAUGAAGGAACAUCAAAUAUUCAACUGAAUACAAUCGCAAAAUUAAUCGACAUUGAUUACAAACAUCAUUGA